AACUACCGUUCUAUGAAGAGUGCGGACAACGUGCGGCAGCAGCUGUCAAGAAUUAUGGACCGCUUCAACCUUCGCCGAACAUCUACGGAGUUUACUAGCAAAGACUACUACAUCAAUAUUCGCAAGACCCUUGUGUCUGGCUUCUUUAUGCAGGUGGCCCACUUGGAAAGGACUGGUCACUAUUUGACAAUCAAAGACAACCAGGUUGUGCAGCUCCAUCCAUCAACUUGCUUGGAUCACAAACCUGAGUGGGUGGUGUAUAAUGAGUUUGUCCUCACCACCAAGAAUUACAUUCGUACAGUCACAGACAUCAAACCUGAAUGGUUGAUCAAGAUUGCACCCAACUACUAUGACAUGUCGAACUUCCCCCAGUGUGAAGCAAAGCGCCAAUUGGAAAUUCUCAUUGCCAAAAUGGAGACCAGGCAAUACCAAGAAGGGUUCUAAAGCACCCAGUGCACAGCUGGCAUCUGUACAAAAUGAUUAUUCAUGGCUGUCUCUCUCUCUCCCUUUUUUUUUCAUAGUUCAUGGAAUCAUUCUUUUUUUUUUUUCAAACUUGUUUUACCUGCACUCUGGUGAUUUCUGUGAACCUGUUACAGAACCUUUGCUUGCCUGAAUACCUGUGUAUUGCUUUUAGUAAACAUGGCUUUCACAGGGGUCA